GCCAAUCUCGGUUGCAAACAAGUGUCUCAAACGAUUCAGCACUAGGACAACUUCGGUAGUCGGUUAGAAUGUUGCUGCUACGGUUGAAAUCGGCAUGGAUAAGAUCUGGCUAGCAUUCUAAGAGACAGGAACAUGUGUUCAUUCUGCUUCCACCAUUCGGGGACAUCGGAGGCUGCUUUUCCCUAUAUAAGGGAGCUAUUAUCAAUAAAGAAUACACACAUUUCCCACAACACGUUAUCAGCACUGCUCGAGAAAAACCCUAGUUUUUUUUCGUCCGCCACCCUCUCUCCUGUUCUUUUCUCCGCCGAUCUCCACUGUACAUCGCAGAGGAAAAGAACACCCAUUGCCGUUCUCCUCCGCGAUUCCCCAUCGCGAAUUAAAUCGGAAGGACCACGCCGCCAAGUCUGCGAUUCCCGUCAUCUGAGUUUCCCCACGCCGCCAUCGCCAAUCGCCGUCCUCCGCCAAUCUUCUUUCGUUCGUUUCCAAAAGCCAUCGACAGAGAGAGAAGACAACCUUGAUAAUUGGCUGCGCUACAAACCCAAACGAGAGGAAGACAAAUUGAGGAUCUUCUUUUCUUGCCGCUGGACCAAAUUUCGAGAAAAGGAAUAGAGCAGAGCCAAAUUUCAGAUUUUUUUUCCUAAAUUUUCGACCCCCAAAGUCCAGAGAUCCCAUUUUUUUUGUCAUGUAUAAUCAUGCAACUUGCCCNUAAAAAGAAAAAUGCCAUAAUGACAGGCAUUACAUCCACACCGAGUGGAAGUGUGGGUGAGGCCGUGGCUCCUCAAAGGAAGAGAGGAAGGCCACUUGGUUCGAUUGACACUCAUCCAAGGAAGAAAAGGACGAGUGCGGCACAAACUAAUCCGUUACACAUCGAUGUUGAACAUCCAUCCCAUGAGAUUAUCUCUGAUUAUAGUUAUGUCCAUGAAUCAUUACUGGAGGACGCUCCGAUGGUUGAUAUGAUUCAAGAGAACAAAGAAAUCUCAAUGGAUUAU